AAAGAUAAAAUGACAAAAUAUUCAGCUUCAGUUCAAAGACUUCCAUUGCAGUGGUGUUCUGUCAUUAGAUGUCCCCAGUCUGUUAGUCUGCAUCAUUCAACCCACUUCCUGCGAGCCUAUUUGGGUCAUUCUGAACCAGGGGCGGACUGACCCAUUUGGAAACUCGGGCACUGCACGAGGGCCCGUGGUUAGUAGGGGGCCCCAUGAGAUGCCCCUGGUACCUUUUUAAUAGGCUUUUUUGAGUUUGGGCAAGGGCACAGGAGCCCAAUGAUCCCCUAUUGCCCGGGGGCCCCAUGAGUUGUCAGUCCGCCCCUGCUCGCACAAUAAGCAU